AUGCACUUGAUAAAGCUUAAUCAAGGUUUCAUACGCCUGGUGGGCCAGAUCGUUGAUCUUGCCAGUAUCGAGCAUUUCCCAUUACACCUACGGUUCUAUGAUAAGCGUUUUCGGAAACAGUUGGAAAUCAUUGUCAAGAGGAAAGUGCCGACCGGCUCGAUAGAAGACGAACUUCGAAACAGGGCUCGAACUUGCGCAGGAGAUGGCACAUACUCAUCAGAGAUCUUGGAUGUGGUUCGGGUUGUUGAUGACGAUCCGCCUGACAACAGCAUGGACUUUCACAGUGUUCCCUGA